CAGAGCGACUCCCGAAGCAGUGAGGAGGUCAUAGAGGAGGUGAUAGAGGAGGCGUCAUACCCAGGGUCUGUUUCACCAGACUCCAUAGACAGAGUCCAUCACCACGUAUUCAGUACUCUCACUGCUGGACCGAUCACCGCUGUUAGCGAGCACCUAUUAUUACACUCACCCCACACACUCUCUCUUUAACACCCCCACCACACUCACUCAGACUCACUCGCCCACACUUCCACACUCACAAUCCACCACUCCACCCACCCAUCCUCUCGCCCACUCACUCACUACCCAGAUACUCGCCCACACUUCCACACUCACUCUCACCCACAACCCACCCACCCACUCACCCACCCAUACUCUCACCCACUCACUCACAAUCCACCCACUCACCUACCCAUCCUCUCGCCAACACACUCUCCACCCAGCCACUCGCCCACACUUCCACACUCACUCUCACCCACUCGCCCACAACCCACCCACUCCACGCACCCACUCCACCCACCAUGCACGUGUUACUGGACCUCGUGUUGACCGUGGGCCGCGUGCUGCGCGCCCUCCUGGCCGCGGGCUCGCGCUGGGUCGUGCGUCCUCGUCCCAAGAGCGUGGCGCAGGACCUCUGCGUCGUCACGGGCGCCGCGGGGGGCCUGGGACGCCUCUUCGCGCGCGAGCUCGCCUCGCGGGGGGCCGCCGUGGCCCUCUGGGACAUCGACGGCGCCGCGGUCGAGGUGACGGCGCGCGAACUUCGCGAGUCGCUGGGGGCCCACGCCGUGGCGUUCGCGUGCGACGUGAGCCGCAGGGCCGAGGUGUACCGCGUGGCCGCGAGCGUGCGGCACGAGAUGGGCCGCCACCCGACAAUGCUCAUCAACAACGCCGGGGUGGUGUCGGGGAGACCCCUCCUCGACUGCCCCGACCACCUCAUCGAGAGGACUCUGUCCGUGAACUGCACCGCGCACUUCUGGACGGUCAAGGCCUUCCUGCCGGACAUGGUGGAGAAGAACCAUGGACACAUCGUGACCAUCGCCAGCGCCCUGGGCCUCUUCAGCACCGCGGGGGUGGAGGACUACUGCGCCAGUAAGUUCGGGGCUGUCGGCUUCCACGAGUCUCUGGCGCACGAGAUCAAGGCGAUGGGCAAGGGCGGCGUGAAGACCACGCUGGUGUGCCCAUACCUGGUGGACACGGGCAUGUUCAGGGGCUGCCACAUCCGCCGUGAGAUCGAGUCUCUGCUGCUGCCGCCGCUGCGGCCGGAGCGCUGUGUGAGCGAGGCGGUGCGCGCCAUCCUCACGGACCAGCCCCUCAUCUGCAUCCCUCGCCUCAUGUACCUCGUGGUGUUCCUCAAGAGCUUCCUGCCCUCCGAAGCCCUCUCGUCGCUCUACCGCUUCCUGGGCGCCGACCGCUGCAUGUACCCCUUCCUGGAGGCGCAGAGGCAGCUGCAGAGCAGCCAGGGAGGCGGCGACAACGAGAGCGGCGGCGGUGGUGGAGCAAAUCCCGCGCCAGCGAGCGAGCAGAAGUGAAGCCCAGCACCCCCACCGCGCCUGUGAAGAGGUCGUGCGCGCUGUCCAACGCCGUCGCCGUUCCAGAGUGACGGCGAAUCGGAGAGCGAGGACAGCUCGAGCCCCAACACGAACAACACUCGCCAGGCUCGGCCACCCCCUCCUGCCCCCCCCCAGUGCCAAGUUUAGUCGCUGCGUCUUACUCACGCCAAGCGAGCUGCAGCGCGUCGCGCCAAUGACGCCGUACGUGUGUCUGUCUGUGUGUGUCUGUGUGUGUCUGUCUGUGUGUCUGUCUGUGUGUGUGUCUGUCUGUCUGUGUGUGUCUGUGUGUGUAUCUGUCUGUGUGUGUGUCUGUGUGUGUCUGUGUGUGUCUGUCUGUGUGUGUGUGUCUGUCUGUGUGUCUGUGUGUGUCUGUGUCUGUCUGUGUGUGUGUCUGUCUGUGUGUCUGUGUGUGUCUGUGUGUGUGUCUGUGUGUGUGUGUCUGUGUGUGUGUCUGUGUGUGUCUGUCUGUGUGUGUGUGUGUCUGUCUGUGUGUCUGUGUGUGUCUGUGUCUGUCUGUGUGUGUGUCUGUCUGUGUGUCUGUGUGUGUCUGUGUGUGUGUCUGUGUGUGUGUGUCUGUGUGUGUGUCUGUGUGUCUGUCUGUGUGUGUCUGUCUGUGUGUGUGUCUGUGUCUGUCUGUGUGUGUGUCUGUCUGUGUGUCUGUGUGUGUCUGUGUGUGUGUCUGUGUGUCUGUCUGUGUGUGUCUGUCUGUGUGUGUGUCUGUGUGUGUGUCUGUGUGUGUCUGUGUCUGUCUGUGUGUGUAUCUGUCUGUGUGUGUGUCUGUGUGUGUGUCUGUGUGUCUGUCUGUGUGUGUCUGUCUGUGUGUGU